AUGACUAUCAAAUAUUUGGUGUUUUUCGUGUUACUUUCAGUUUCACUGAUUCAAGCAAAGAAGCAUCUUUGUCAAUGUACUUUCUUUAAUAAUGAACAAACCUUGGUUGCUGUUAAUUCAUUAUUAGAUUGUAAAUAUGAAUGUUAUGAUCUUGCGGAGAAUCUAAAGAUCAAUGUUACUUGUAGCACUCAAAGUUGUUCGUGCAAUUGUCCCAAUGGUGAUACUCUACCAUGUUCAUCCAACUCAACAACAACUACGACAACAACAACAACAACAUCUACAACCUCUACAACUGGACCAAGCUCAACAACAUCUCGUCCUACAACAACGACUACUGCUACAUCCACAGGAAAAACUACUGGAUCUGGUGGUUCUGGCUCUGGAGGAUCUGGUUCAGGAAAGAGUACUACUGCUCAUCCAACAACUGGAAAAUCCGGUGGUUCUGGUGGUUCUGGUGGCACUGGAAAGAGUACAACCACUUCUGGUACAACAGAUAGUGGUACAACCGACAGUGGAACUACUAGUGGAAGCACAGAUUCUGGUACAUCGACAGGUACCGGUACUGUAACUGGUACAUCUGCUACUGGUGACACUGGCGAUUCAACCGGAUCAGGAAGUGGUGGUGGAUCCAGUGGAAGUGGUGGAUCCGGUGGUAGUGGCGGCAGUGGAAGUGGAAGUGGUAGCGGUAGUGGAUCGGGAUCAGGUAGUGGAAGUGGAUCUGGUGGUAGUGGUGGAAGUGGACUUCUAACAUUUGACUAUGAACUUUGCCCCGGAGACUCUUGUGAAUGUCCACAAUCAGUUGUUGACUUUAAGCUACUUCAUUAA